AUGUCCUCUCAUCGCGUUUUAUUUGGCUAUGCCAAUUCUCGCGCAAACGUUCGUCGUCGAUCUGUUGGAUUCAAACAGCCCAAGCUCCCUAGGCCUUCUUCGCACAAGCCAUCUCGGAGGCCUAUCAAGCCUACAUUCUUAGGCUGCGUUCAAGUGCCACACGCCGCUCCGCUGUUCAGAAGUGUGGAAAAUUCUACGAGCGGCUUAACUGCCACAUACACUCGACCCGUCGAUGUCGAUGUUCAAGCCAUUCCGGCGAACAACUCCAGAACAUUAUCUGUACCUUUUGUCUACCCAACUACAGCUGUACAGCAUGUGGCUACGCCCUUACAUAUCGAUGACGCCCCUCGGCAAGGUUUGAAAAGAGCUUUGGCCAUACAGCACUCUCCAGCUGUCCGAAAGUCGCGACGGAGCAAAGCCAACUCUCCUCCCGUUUUGAAUCUUAGAGCUCGCAAGCAGGUUCAAUGCCAGGUCGUCGAAUACCAGCCUCGGAUCGACAAUGGCCUGAUUACCUGCAUACCAACCAGCACUCCUGCUGCGCAAGACCUGGAGUCUUGUGCCUUACCGAUGUGGGCUGCGGAAGUUGUCUUUGCGUAUCUCGCAUGGGUGGAGAAAGACGACGACGAAUUCUUGCUUCCUCCGGCGGUCGUUGAGAUGCUGGCACGCAAUCUCUUCGACGUCUUCUGCGUUGGAUCGGACGAGUUGGUCUACCUUGCCUUGUGGUACAUCAAGAACCUUGUACCAAAUGGUCUUCUAGAUGUCAAGGACCUUUUUAAUGUUGAUGGUGUCAUUAUCGCAACGCGAAUGUUCCUUUUGGGAUAUACUCUUGCGAUGAAAUGGCACGACGAUUACUCCGUCGUCCCUAACAGAAGUUGGUCUAUCUACUAUGGCCAGGAAUUUGGCCACCGCUCUGUCCGUGGCCUCGAAAUCGCUGCCCUCACUGCGCUCGAUUACAACCUUUACCUGUCGCCGCAUCAAUACGUCGGUUUUCUGAACGAACUUGCCACAUGGUCGCUUGAAACUUCAUUAGGAAACCGGGAUACCGCAAGAUACGUCAUGGGUGUCCAUCUUUCUCGAACGUCAGAGAAAUCUGGUCCCCUUGGAGGCACACAGGCGAUGAAGGCGCGUCGAACUAUCCCACCAACAUCGGAGAACCUUCGCAAAGUCCAUACCGCUUUGAUGGCUGGCCUUAGUCUUGGAGUCGACGCCAUAAAACCCAUUGCUUUCGAGAAGCUUUCACCUAUCCACUGUGCCUGGGCUGCUGACGAAGUUUCCGACCACAGAGCGAGGGAUAGAGCAGCUGCAAUAUCGUGGUCUCAGCGGUCUGUAUACGACAGGAAUGGCUGCUUCAACCUUAGUCUGCUAGCCCCUCUAGUGGUGGAAUGCUCUAGUUAUACAAGUACAGGAAUUAUCUGCUACGGGUGA